UCGAUUGUUAGAAAGUCGACCAUAUUUCGCUUCUUAUCUCCAUAUGGCAACACUUUCUCCCAACAAAAAAUCAACUCUAAUUUUCCAAACGUCAUUUCGAUAUUCAUUGACAUCUCGCAAAGGGAACGACGACGUUACUCUUUUUCCACGACACGAACGAAACAUUAUUUUGUCCAACAAAAUGAUGAAACCAAUGAAAAUGGUUAUGAGCGUAGCUCGUCGUGGUUUAUCGACCACCGCAUCCAGAUCGUUGGCUGCACAACAAAUGACCGUCAGAGAUGCCUUAAACAGUGCUCUGGAUGAAGAGAUGGCACGUGAUGAACGUGUCUUUAUAUUAGGCGAAGAAGUGGCCCAAUACGAUGGUGCUUAUAAGGUAUCCCGUGGUUUGUGGAAAAAAUAUGGUGACAAACGUGUUAUCGAUACUCCAAUUACCGAAAUGGGCUUUGCCGGUAUUGCUGUGGGUGCUGCUAUGGCCGGUUUACGUCCCGUUUGUGAGUUCAUGACCUUCAAUUUCUCAAUGCAAGCUAUUGAUCAAGUUAUCAACUCUGCUGCCAAAACCUUUUAUAUGUCCGCCGGUCAAGUCAAUGUACCCAUAGUGUUCCGUGGACCUAAUGGUGCUGCCAUGGGUGUAGGUGCUCAACAUUCACAAUGUUUUGCCGCUUGGUAUGCUCAUUGUCCCGGCCUAAAGGUCAUUUCUCCCUAUGAUUCCGAAGAUGCCAGAGGUCUUUUGAAAGCUGCCAUUCGUGAUCCUGAUCCAGUUGUAUUUUUGGAAAAUGAAGUUCUAUAUGGUUCAUCUUAUCCCAUUGAUCCCAAAGUCUUGGAUAAGGAUUUCGUAUUGCCCAUUGGCAAGGCAAAAAUCAUGAAACCCGGCAAAAACAUAACCAUUGUUGCCCAUUCCAGAGCUGUCGAAAUCAGUCUUCAAGCAGCUGCCGAAUUGGCCAAGAAGGGUAUUGAUGCUGAAGUCAUUAAUUUACGUUCAAUUCGUCCCUUGGAUGUUGAAACUAUUUUCAAUUCCGUAAGAAAAACUCAUCAUUUGAUUACAGUAGAACAGGGCUGGCCUCAAAGCGGUGUUGGCUCUGAAAUUUGUGCUCGCGUUAUGGAGGAUGAGACUUUCUUCCACUUGGAUGCCCCAGUGUGGCGUGUGUGUGGUGUUGAUGUACCCAUGCCCUAUGCCAAAACAUUGGAAGCCAAUGCACUGCCCCAACCUAAAGAUGUCAUUGAAGCUGCAACAAAAAUUUUGGGAGGCAAAAAGUAAUAUCUCACUCAUAACAUCACCACCGCACUCCAAUACUUUUGUACAGGAUUGUACUAAUAAUUUUCAACACCACCAUCUUCUUUAGAAAACUUGUAACUAAAUAAAUUUAGUAGUCAAUCUUUAAAUCAUCUUACUUACAAAAUAAGAAUCAUUAAUAAUUAAAACGAAAUAUACAAGAGACAACAAAAAAAAGAAACAUAUGGAACAAAAAGACCCUUUAUAAAAUUGUGUGAUUUUGUUUGUUGAUAAAAAGAAAUUGCCGAUUUUAUUAAAAUCAAAAA